AUGGCAGAAGAAAAGCAGCGUUCCCACGUCUAUUUCGACAUCUCAAUUGGCAACAAGCCCGAGGGACGAAUUACCUUCGAGCUGUAUGAUGACAUUGUCCCCAAGACAGCAGAGAACUUCCGGGCUCUCUGCACGGGCGAGAAGGGCGUUGGCAAAGCAGGAAAGCCUCUGUAUUACAAAGGCUCCACCUUCCACCGUGUUAUCAAGCAAUUCAUGAUCCAGGGUGGUGAUUUCACAGCUGGUAACGGAACGGGUGGUGAAUCGAUCUACGGCACCAAAUUCGACGAUGAGAAUUUCCAGCUUAAGCAUGAGAAGCCUUUCCUUCUGUCUAUGGCCAAUGCUGGUCCAGGCACCAACGGUUCCCAGUUCUUCAUCACCACCGUCCCGACUCCCCAUCUCGAUGAUAAGCAUGUAGUAUUCGGCGAAGUGUUGACCGGCAAAUCAAUUGCUCGCAAAAUCGAAAACCUCCCAACUCAAGGCGGUGACAAGCCGGCCAAAGAUGUCGUAAUCACAGACUGCGGCGAGCUCAACCCCGAUGAUAUUGCAGCCGGCCAACAAAAGACCGCCGAUGUCACAGGAGAUGAAUACGAAGACUUUCCGGAAGACGUUAACAAGGAGCUGAGCGCUAGUGAAAUAGUCAAGAUCGCAGGGGACCUUAAAAGCUAUGGUAACAAAGCAUUCCAGGAGCUGAAGAACCUAGAUCUCGGAUUAGAGAAAUACCAAAAGGGCAUUCGUUAUUUGAAUGAGGAUCCGAAUAUGGAAAAGGAGCCGGUAGAGACGCGGAAGCAACUUGAUACCCUGCGGUACUCUCUGAACUCCAACGCUGCUCUUCUCGCCAAUAAGCUGAAUGAUUUCGCCGAGGGCAAGAGAUUCGCAACCAAUGCGCUCGAGGUGUCUGGCCUUACUAAUGUCGAGCAGUGCAAGGCACUGUUCCGUCGUGCUAUCGCUGAGGUCGGUUUAAAGGACGACGAGGCGGCGUUGAAGGAUCUGACCGAGGCGAACAAGCUCAACCCAGGUGAUGGAGCCGUUGUUCAGGAGCUGGCGAAGGUUAAGAAGGCGGCUGCUGAGCAGGCUAAAAAGGAGAAGGCUGCUUACAAGAAGUUCUUCUCUUGA